UAGCUGUGGUGUGCACUCCCGUUUGUGAUGUUUUUUAUAACCUAUGAAAUCAUUUACAAGUGUAUUUUUGAUUGCUUAAGAAAAGCUAUUUUUAUUUUAUUUACAAAACUAGGUGACUAGAAACAUUAUAUUGUUAUACCCCUUGCAAUUAUGUGUGCGUGUAAAUGUACAAAAACCAUGCAAAUAGUGAUUAAUAACCUCUCGUGUAUUAAACCUAAUAAUCUAUGAUAAAGGACAUUUCAAAAAAUGACACAAAUAAACAUCGAGAAAGUGUACCCGAAGGAGAGCAUAUACCCAAUGAUUUUUAACUUCCAAAAUGGGUACGUCACCGACCAAUUUACUACCCAAGAAUGUAUGAUUUUUGAUAAUAGUACCAACCAUAUAAAAACAGUCGCUACAGUCAUAGAUAAACUGGUAUAUGCUGGUGAGGAGAAGACAGAAGAACUUAGUAAAACCUUCAUUCUUGCACGUAAUAAGAAAACUGGUAAAGUUAGACUCAUAGAAAGUUGUGUUACCGACAUGAAGCCUGUAUUAAACAUCAAAAACGCAAAUAAUGAUGUGUCUACAUUACUCGAUACAAGUAAUUUAGAACUCAGCAGGAAGUUCGGUUCUAAGAAACACAAACAGCAAAUGGAGCAUUUAGAAAAGCUUAAAGUCAACGUGGAAACUGUGACUGAACAGAUGCAAAACGUAACUCAAGAAGUAUCGAAAGACGAUCUGGAUUUAACAACAUAUGAUAAAAAUAAUUCAGAUGAUUUCUAUAUACCGCCUAUAGAUCGUGCUGCAAGCUCCGCUGAAGAAGUAUACAACAUAGACAGCAUAUUAACGCAGGAGCAGUAUGAUAAAAUACUAUCUGAACUCGAAGGAAAAGAUUAUUUGUCAGAUAUGCCGCAACUCAUUAAAAAUUUAGUAACAAAGAAUAAAUUAUCGUCUAAGUUGUUAGUACUGGCAGUAUACUCAAGUAGUUUAAUACAAAUGUACAGUACAGUAAUGAAAAAAAUUGCAACAAAAAAUUUUGUUGUAUGCCCCCAUUCUGUUACACUCAACGAAAUAGUUCUCAGAGAUUUUUGUUCUACGUCUAAUGGUAGAAGGACUAGACCUGCGCCUUAUAAAGAUAAAACACUGUGUCACGCUAUUGUUUUUCUCCUACUUAUCAACAAUUUGAAAAUAGAGUUGGAAGCAUUAUGUGAGGAGUUAAAGUUGACACCUAAUACUGCAUCUAUAAAAGUUAGAGUAACAGGUGCAUCUAUAAUUACGUCAGGUAGUAAAAAGGUUGUGCAGUUAAAACUACCGUUAAAUACUAAAUCCUCAUUUAGCAGACGUAAAAGUACAAAGUUUUAAAUAAAUUUUAUUAUAUACAGAC